CUUUUCCCUCGAAUAAUGAUACAUUCUGUAUACCGCUCAUCCUGCCUGAGUGUGAUAUGACAUUGUCCAUCAGGAAUUUCUCGCCAUGUUGGAAAAGAUCCCCUACCACCCCGCAGCCGCCCCAAGCCACCCAAAAGCCGCCGAAUGGACCCCUAAAUUCCUCUAUCGCGACCCGGCCGAUCCUCCGAAAGUCACCAUCCGCGAUGACUUCUACGGCACGAGAAGGAAGCUUCGCAUCGGUGUCCUCGGGGCGGGAAUCAGUGGGAUCGACUUCUUACACCAUCUGACGGAGAAUAUCCCGGCGGAGAGCUAUGAGGUCGUCGUCUAUGACAAGAAUGAAGACGUCGGUGGUGUGGUAUGUCGAUGGGUCUUGAUUUAUGUAUGAGGGUCUCGAUCAGUCGCUCACGGAUUGGCGGCGCAGUGGCAAUCGAAUCGCUACCCCGGCUGUAGAUGCGACCUUCCUGGUCCGACCUAUCAGUUCACAUGGAGAUAUAACGUCUGGUCCGAGUUUUACCCUGCCGCUGCAG